UGCCGUUGCGAGGCACAAUCGGAUCGGCCACUGUUUUAUCCAUGUAUCUGUACAGGCAGCAUUAAGUAUAUACAUCAAGACUGCUUAAUGCAAUGGAUGCGUUAUUCGCAUAAAGAGUACUGCGAACUUUGCGGUCAUCGCUUCAGCUUCCAACCGAUCUACUCGCCGGAUAUGCCACGCGUGUUGCCUCUACGCGAUGUGGCAGGUGGCUUAUUAUCAGCUGUUGCCAAGGCAGCUAAAUCAUGGUUCCAUUAUUCAUUGGUUGGUUUGGCUUGGUUCGGCAUCGUUCCCUUAUCCGCCUACCGUACAUACCGCUACCUAUUUCGUGCUUCUUCCUUUGAGUUGAUACUGUCUGUACCGUUUGACGUAUUUUCUACGGACAACUUAGCUUCGGAUGCUUUCCGCGGCUGCUUUGUAGUCACGUGUACAUUGCUUUCAUUUAUCGGCUUAGUUUGGCUACGCGAGCAGAUAUUGCACGGUGGCGGCCCGGAUUGGUUAGAACGCGAUGAUGCACCAGCAGCAGUAAAUGAUGGUGAGGAACAGCAGCAGCCAGUGGUUGGAAUAGGUGCAGUUGACGGUAAUGGUGGAGGGGUGAAUGACGGACAAGGUGACAGAGCUCGAGACGGUGUUGACGCUGAUGCCGCACGCGCUGCAGAUGACGCUGCAGCUAAUUUACAACCCAAUAGAGAUAACGAUGAUGACAAUGAAGACGCACCGAUCGACAUGCCAAUGAACAAUGCUGCACCAGCUGCUGUUAAUCCAGCUGAGGAAGAAGGAGAAAUACCGCUAGAAUUCGGACCAAUCCCGCAACCACUGCCAGGCGCUGGUAAUAACGGCAAUGGUGCAGGCGAAGACGUUGGCGCAGCUCAAGCUGGUCCAGCUGCAGCUGGUGGUGGAGCUGCUGAAAAUGAUAAUGACAACGAUGAACCUAACUGGAAUCCAAUGGAGUGGGAUCGCGCAGCUGAAGAACUGACUUGGGAACGACUGCUUGGUUUGGAUGGCUCACUAAUUUUUCUUGAACACGUCUUUUGGAUUAUCUCAUUGAAUACGCUGUUCAUUGUCACUUUUGCGUUUUGUCCAUAUUGCAUUGGCAAUUUUAUAUUAAGCUCCCUGGACUUGCUGCAACCGGAUAAACCACUAUUACAUUUCCAUGGACUCAUUACUACACUUUUUGGCUACUGCUUCAUUGGUCUAACAUUGGUCAUAUUACACUUCUUUGCACGUCUUUUCCGCAUGCGGCGCGUGCGUUGGGUUAUUGGCCUCUGCUACAUAGUGGUAAAGGUGUCGCUGCUAUCCGUCGUGGAAAUCGGUGUGCUGCCAUUGGUUUGCGGCUGGUGGUUGGAUAUAUGCUCGUUGCCUCUAUUCGAUGCCAGCAUUAAGGACCGCAAAGUAAGUUUUAAGGCAGCACCUGGCACUUCGCUCUUUGUCCAUUGGAUGUUCGGCAUGGUGUACGUUUACUACUUUGCCGCCUUCAUUUCACUACUGAGAGAAGUUUUGCGGCCCGGUGUACUCUGGUUCCUACGCAACUUAAACGAUCCAGAUUUCAGUCCAAUACAAGAAAUGAUACAUUUACCAAUACUCCGCCAUGUACGCCGUCUUAUUGCCUCUGCCAUGAUUUUUGGUUCUGCUGUUCUAUUGAUGCUUUGGUUACCGAUACGCAUUUUAAAAACUAUCUGGCCUUCAUUUCUUCCAUACACACUAUCCGGAGACUCUGAAGUCAAUGAACUCAGUUUACAGCUACUACUGCUACAGAUAAUUCUUCCCGGCUUCUUCGAACAAUCGCAUACACGCAUCUGGCUGAAAGGUUUACUUCGCAUAUGGUGUGUUUGUGUUUCCUGGUUGCUGGGCAUACGCAGUUAUUUGCUCGGUUCUGAACAGCCUGCCGCCGAUGGUAAUGCAAAUGCAGCUAAUGGCGCAGCUCGAGGUGCUGCUGCAGAUGCACCCGAUGCCGACAAUGAUGAAGCGCCGCAGCAAAAUGCCAACAAUCCGCCAGCUGCUGCUGCACAACCAGAAGCGGCAGGAAACGCCUUCAAUGCACAGCGUUUUAUGCGGGGACCUGCGCCUGCGGUGCCUAUGCCGCGCGAACAUAACUUGGGUGCCGUGCAUCAGGCCAUUAUGCAACGCGAUGUACCAGUCGGUUUUCAACCAUAUGAUCGGCCAACGUUAUUCCCCUUACGCUUGUGUGGUCUGCUGUUUUUCAUGUGCGUUUCGCUGGUAAUUGCCUCGGUUGUUACAUUGACGGUGCCGGUUUGGAUUGGCCGCCAAGUGAUGGCAUUGUGGUCUGUUGGCGGCCAUUUCACAAAUCAAGUAGUUGCCCAGGCGCCAGAGGUAUCACCGCGUCCACACGAGCUCUAUACGGCUGCCUUGGGCACUUAUCUCUGCUGGAUUAUUUCACGCGGUAUUGCCAUCGCUGUGAACUUGCUGCCUCAAGGGCGUGCUGCAGUCAUGGAUAAGAUUAAGCACUGGCUGCGCGUUGGCGCCUCUUACGCACUGCCUGUACUCAUUUUUGUGCUCAUGUUAGGCGUUAUACCACUUUUGUUUGGGCUACUGCUCGAGCUGGUGGUGGUGAUACCGCUGCGCGUACCCUUCUAUCAAACGCCCAUACACUUUUUGUGGCAAGAC